AUUUUUCUCCUUAAAUUUAGGCACCAAGAGAAUGUGUGUGACUCACAGUGAAACACACCAAAUUAAGGCUGCAAGCAAAAACCCACAAAUCUCAAACACCAAAACUCCACUGAAUCAAAACCGGUUUUUCUUCGCUGCUGCUGUACAGAUCGGAACGCAACAAUUUUAAGUGAUCAGGGUAGCAAAAAAGAAAGGCCUCGUAAAAUGGUGCAAGUGGCGAUAAACACUCUAGUAACUUCUAGAUGCAGUGUUGUUUGUGAAUCGAGCAAUUUGUGGAGGAGAAAUUUCGGAGUGGUGAGGGAACACCAUGCAGUUCUCGGUGCCGGAAGAUCGUGCCUUUGUUCUUCUGUCGAAAAAGACGCUUCCUUUGUGGGACCGUGUCACGUAUCUCCACCUAGAAGUUUGAGAGUUCAAGCACGUUGGCUGUUUAACGGAAGUGAUAAGGGAUCGGAAUUAGAUGCUAGCUGCGAGCAUAGUGAAAGCGCGAACGAAGAUAUUCUCAUGUUUUUCUUCGAGCUGGACUUGGCUACUCGAGUUCAGUACGCUUUGAAUGUGGAGCAGUACGAAAUUGCGCAGCAAUUGAGGAACAAGUUGACCGAGGUUGAAUUGGAGGUUAUCAAACUCCGGGAAAGCAGAAGAGGGCCUUCUUCCAAAGGUGAAGCUCAAGAUAUUGCUAUAAGCAUUUUACGUCUACGUGCAGACCUACAGAAUGCAAUCGAGAGUGAGAAUUACGGUUCGGCUGCUGAGUUGCGCGAUGAAAUUGCAAGACUUGAAGCAAAGUCUUUCACUGCGUCGCUAAAAGCCCAAGCGUAUGAAAACGCACAAUACGCUUUCCGUUUGGGCCAGAAAUUGAAGCAUAAGAUAUUUGGUUAUCAAGCAGUUAUUUGCGGCAUGGAUCCAGUCUGCUGUGAGUCAAAAUCAUGGAUGGAUGGUGCAAAUAUCGAUAAAUUAACUCGUGGGCCCGAUCAACCCUUCUAUCAGGUGUUGGUUAACAUACAAGAAGACCCCAACCUUCUAGUAGCAUACGUUGCUGAAGAGAAUUUACUGGAACCCGACAAACAAGAAACGGAUAGGUUUGAUCAUCCUUACGCAUCUUUCUUGUUUUUCGGAAUGGAUUCUGCUGGAGAUUUUAUCCCGAUUAAACAGCUGCGCGAGAAGUAUAAUCAGCCUCGACAUGAACUACCAUAUGAUCCACAAGACGAGGAAGAUGGAAAAGAUGCGUAAAUUAUUGAUGCCCAAUCGUUUAUUUUAUCGGACUUCGACAAUUUUUUUUUGAGAUUUUGCUUUAUAAAGUUCGGUUUAUGUAUCUAAAGACGUGUAAUAACUGUAUCACUCUGUGGACAUCGUAUAGACGUAAAAUCCAAGUUCGAGAUAUGCAGGUUUAGAAACAUAAAUCCUCUGUUAUUUCAUCUGUAAUUUGAGCAGUUUAUUAUCUUCUUUGGCAGCUGAA